AUGACGGCAGAAAAUAUCGAUAAAAAUCGUUUAACUACUGAUAUUCGUUAUCGUUUUGAAUAUAUAUCAAAAUUUCUUAAUUUUUCUCAAACUGAUAUAACAAUACUUAAUAAAUUAUCAUCAAUUAUUCAACCUCUUAUACCAGUUAUUGUUGAUGAUGUAUAUAGAAAAUUAUUUUCAUUUGAUAUAACAAAACAAUAUUUUUUAUUACGUCAUUCUUGUUUUGAUAAUUUUUUAUCAACAAAUCGAUCGAAUCUUGCUGUUAAUUCUGAUUUUAUGGAAUAUCGAAAAAAUAUGUUAAGUAAAUAUUUAAAAUGUAUAUUAACACAAAAUGAAUGGAAUGAUUCAUUUCUUCAAUAUUUAUCUCAUGUUGCAAAAAUUCAUACAAAUAAAAUUGGUUCACCAUUAAUUCAUGUCGAUUUAAUUCAUAUUACUUGUUUAUGUGGAUAUCUAGAACAAAAUCUUAUUGCUAUUAUAUUAAAAUCAGAAAAUCUUGAUAAUCAAACAAAAUAUGCAGGUAUUAUGGCAAUUAAUAAAUUUUUUUGGAUUCAAAAUGAUUUUUUUUCGAAUGCAUUAUGA